CUUCUGCUUCCAGCCAGCCCCAGUGGAGCCUUCUGGUGAAUGGGUGCCCAUACGCAGGGGACAACUAUUUGACUAGCUUGGUGACAGUGGACAGCACAUCUGGAGUAGCCUACCCAAGUCAUUACAAGAGAUUUGUGUUUGAGAUGUUUGCUUUUGUGGAUCCUGUAGCUCGGCAAGCCUUGGCUGAAAAGAUCUUCAUCUACUGUGUUGCUGCUGCCUGCUAUCCCUCUGCCACAGACCCCUGUACUCAGAGCUGCCCUGUAAGAAGAUCUGGCAGAGCUGCAGACAAGGUGGCACAAAUUGUUUCCUCCAGGAAGAAUAUGCUCCUUCACAGUGGUCCUGUGGUCUUUGUGGCUGACGGUAUGCAAACAUCCAGACUGGAGCAGAAAGCCUCUCUUCCCACUGGAUACCUGGUACUGGGAGCUGCAGCUGCCAUGUUGAUGGUGAUCCUGGUUUUAGCUAUAGUUGCUUUGAGAAGGUUGAACAAGCAGAAAGUGAAUCUGAAAUAUUAAAUAAAGGCUCUUCAUGAA